UGUAGAUCGGUCAGAGGAUAAUAAAUGCAGUAUUUAUAGGUGAUGGUAACAACUCGGUGUUAUGCAGAUGAUGUAGUUAAGAAGGAAAAAAUAGAGCUUCUUGGUACUUGGGUCCUUUUGUAAGGAUUCAUUGGGUCCUAAAAUAGCUGCAGUGUUAAGAAGUUGUGAAUUUGGAGUCAGAAAUAUCUACCUUGCAGGUGAAUAUCCUGCUUCACCUGAUGCAUGAGCUACAAGUACCAUGUUGCUGUGUGCAGCAGUGGGUUUACCCUUCAAUGUCCAUUCUUCUCAGUUACGUUUGGCCAGUAACAUGAGAUUCUUCUGCAUUAUUGGAAAAAUUUGGCAAGUUUGCCUUCGAUAGACAAGAUUUUGUGUGACAUAAAUUGCCUGUGCAGGGACUUAAUUCCUGCCAGAUACUUUUUGAGGCAUCCUGGUGUGGGAGAUCAGACCUCAAAAAGUGGGACUGACUCAAUCCCUGCAUCCUGGUGUCAGUCCCAUACCUCUUUUCCUACUUCUGAGGGACAGGGAUUCUGUUGUAGCAUAAACCAUCGUUAUUCAUUCUGGUAAAGAAGUAAUACUAGGCACGGGUUAAAAAAGCUAUUCCCAUCUCCUGGGAUGAAGGGUUUAGGCUCCUGACAAUGCUCUGUCUUUGGGCCCAGGCUUAGAGCUUCAGUUACAGUCUCCAGCAGAAGCAAUCAUCAGAAAAAGAAAUGCAGUCAAUUAGAUAUUUAAAAUAAUAUGCAGAUGCAUGCAAUUUACAGGGAUACACAAAUUUCAGGAUUUAUUGUUAGUAGUUCUGAAUACAAGGAACAUAAGCUUGCUCAUUUUUACUAAUUAGCAUCACAAACAUCGGUUCAGAUAAAGGUAGCUCUAGGAGGCAGCUGCUAAGUGAUCCUAGGAAAUCUGCCAACUAUCUUAUAUCUGUUUGAUGGACAUAUUUAGAUCAAAACAGGAGAAAACAUCUCUAACCAAAACCUCAGUUACACCUUAAAAGUGCUGGUUUUGAAAUUUAUCUCUGUGAGAACAGAGCAAGAAUAACAAUAACCAAAAUCUCUUGUCUUUUAUUAAAUUGUAAACUUACAAAAAAUUCGGAAGCUUAAAUUAAAAGAGCAUGAAAUAGAUCAGCUCUGGCAUCACCUGAACAUAUGAUUUUAUCGUAAUGAUAAAAUACAACAUAAGUACUACCAUAAGAAUGGCUCAGCAGUUUUGUGAAGUGAAGCACUAGGGAGAGGUGGCCUUCAUUUCUGGGUAGAAGUGUGAGAUAUGGGGUACCGAAUGUCUCUUGCCAUAGUGACAUGUGUGAGUGCCAGAGGGGAUUUGUCCUUCUCUGGCCAAGUUCAGACCUUGCUGCUGGCAAACUCGAGACAUCAAAGUACUCUGUUCUGAGUAUUCUCAUUCUCAUGGGUCCUGUCCCACUGAUUUUGGAGCCCUGAACAAACAACACAGAGUGUGUUCUAAAGAUCAGGUGUAAAUCCAGUGUGCAGUUAAAGUGAGGGUAAAUUACAAAGCUGUCCCACAAAUCACAGACGUAACUGAGGUGACACUCAGCAGUGGGGCAGUAUGGAAUGCAAAGGGAUAAGGUUUUUUAGGUGAAAACUAAAACAAUUAUAUUUACAGACAGUGACAUAAAUUCUGAAGUGCUUCUGAAUAUAUUUUUGAGUACCUUAAUGGAAUGUAGCAAAAAGUUUCCUGGAUGUUUGGACUUAUUAGUCUUUGUUUAAACUUUUCGACUGCUGUAGUACAUUUUCCUUGCAUCAUCAGUCUUUUUUUCUGAUUGUACACUUCAUGCCAUGUUAUUUAUGUAAUUUUUUUCAAAUUUUCUUUUUAAUAAUAAUAGAAUAUAUCUGAAUUUCAAACCCAAGAUGGCUCAGAAGAGGAGCUCAAGUGGGCGAUCAUUCCCAUUGCUGCUGCUGCUCAUUGCAGUGGCCUUUAUUCAUUUAACUGUCUGUCCUUUCACAAAAGUGGAGGAAAGCUUUAACCUACAAGCUAUCCAUGAUGUGGUGUACCACCAGCUGGACUUGGAUAAGUAUGACCAUCAUGAAUUUCCUGGAGUUGUCCCAAGAACGUUCCUUGGACCAAUUUUUAUUGCUGCUCUUUCCAGCCCAGCUAUCUACAUACUUUCUGUGCUAAGAAUGUCCAAGUUUUAUUCCCAGCUGAUAGUCCGAGGAAGUCUGGGGCUCAGUGUGAUUUACACGUUAUGGAAACUGCAGAAAGAAGUUAGAAAACAGUUUGGAGCAACUACAGCAUCAAUCUUCUGUCUCAUCACUGUUACUCAGUUUCAUUUGAUGUUUUACUGUACAAGAACCCUCCCUAAUGUGUUUGCACUUCCAUUUGUGCUCCUGGCAUUGACGUUUUGGAUACAGCAAAAGCAAAGGCCAUUCAUUUGGUUCUCAGCUUUGGCGAUUAUAGUCUUCAGAUCAGAGCUCUGCAUAUUUUUAGGCCUCAUGCUCCUGGUGACGUUAUUAACUAAAAGAAUCUCCAUUUUCAAGGUGCUUUCCCAUGCUGUUCCUGCUGGUAUAUUUUGGUUGGGGCUAACGGUUGCUGUGGAUUCUCUAUUUUGGAGGCAGCUUGUGUGGCCUGAAGGGAAAGUGCUCUGGUAUAACACAGUUUUAAACAAAAGUUCCAACUGGGGAACCUCUCCCUUCUUGUGGUAUUUCUAUUCAGCCCUGCCUCGUGCUUUGGGAUGCAGCAUAAUAUUUGUACCUUUAGGAGUAACAGAAAAGAGAACUCGGAUUUUACUUUUGCCAGCACUGGGCUUUAUUUUCUUGUAUUCGUUUCUCCCACACAAAGAGCUGCGUUUCAUCAUCUAUACUUUCCCUGUUUUCAACAUAGUGGCUGCUAAAAUGUGCUCACGAAUUCUGAAUAACUACCGGAGAUCCUGGCUGCACAAACUUGGAUCUUUCUUUAUUAUAAUGCAUCUUCUACUUAAUGCUAUUUAUUCAGGAACAUCUUUAUAUGUUUCACAUUUCAAUUAUCCUGGAGGAGUGGCAAUUCAGAAGUUGCAUGAGUUGGUACCUUCAACAACAGAUGUCUCUGUUCACAUUGAUGUGGCUGCAGCGCAAACAGGAGUUUCUCGGUUUCUGGAAAUCAAUUCUGAUUGGAGGUAUGACAAAAGAGAAGAUGUUAAACCAGGAGACCAGUUGAUGUUUUCUUAUACACAUAUACUGAUGGAAACAAAUCCUCUUCAAAUAUCACAUUACAAGACAACCCACAGGCCACUGGCAAAUAUACCUGGCAUCAGUAAAAUUGGGUUGAACCUUACUGCACUACCUCCUUUUACUUUAAACUUGAAACCAAAAUUAGUACUGUUGGAAAAACUUCCUCUAUCAUCUUGACUGUGAAUUUUAAGUAAGUCUUUUGAUAUGAUUUUGCUGAUGACUGAACUAUGUAAGACAGCAGCAAAUUGUCAUUCCAGCACUGCAACAGCUUCUGUGGAAAAUGGCACGGAAAAUCUCUGUACUGAUUGGUAUUUAGCUCCAUCCUGUUCCUUACAUAAAUAAUACAGUGCAUUACUAGUCAGUACAUACUCAGUAUACUGAGUUGUACUGUUAUAUAUGUUUGAGAGAGGUUGCCUACAAGUUUAGUGGUAUUAAGUAAAACCUGCCUACUUGGUUUAGUAGUCUGUUUCAUCAUAUAGCACAGGUAUGUCCUAAUUAUCCUAUAUAAGAUACAAAAUCAACAGGUUUGUGCUAGGGCAAUAAUUUGAUAUGUAAUCUCUGUGUGUAAAGAUGUAUUACUUAAUGUAUCUGCAGGAUUGUAACUCCCUCAGCUGUCUGAUUGCCUGUGUGAAAUCUAAUGAUGUUAUCAACAUAGGAAAGCCAUAUUCAUCACAGCUUCAUCGUAAUACCUAAUUUUGCCCUAUAGGCUACCAAACUAAUGAAGCAUUCACUUAAGAAGCAGUUGGGCCUCUUGACAAGUGCUGUUUGAUAACAGAUUUGAGUACUAAGGAUGAUUAUCUUCAUUCCAACACCUCAUGAAAAAGCAAUAACUUGGAUUUCCCAGGAAAAAGAAUUUUUAAAAUAAUGUUUCCUCUCUUCUGUUGUAAUUAUAUCUUAAUUUGCAGUGCAAAAAUUUACCUGUGAAAAUGUCCACUUAAAGAUAGAUGGUGUUUUCCUUUUUUUUUUUUUUUUUUAUUAAGUAAUCCCUUUGGAAAGGAAUAUUCUAAUGUGCCAUGUGCUGCAUUCUAUAAACUAGAGUAAGAUUGCAUGCUCUGUAGUUUCUUUAUUAGAUGUUUUUGUUAAAGAUGUCUACAUAGGUUGCUAAAUGGAACAAGAAAAAAGGUUAGAAUUCUGUUUCGGGCCAGUUGUAAUAUGACAGAAGCUCCAUUAAUAUAAAAUGCCAGAAUCACGAAAUUAUCAUGGGCAGAAAACUAUUCCUUGUUGACUGAAUACUUGAGUAAAAUAUAAUUACGGAAUAAAGUGGUUUGUUUUC